CCAGUCAAAAUUCAGCAUGGCGGUCGUCGAAAAGUUCAUCCAGGAUGUAGCAGACAAUUUAGGGGCUUCAGAAAUGGCCAUACGGUUUCUGUUAUCGUUGUUUGCAGGUUAUCCACUAGCUUUCCUGUAUAGAAGUUUUAUAUUUGGUAGAUCACCUAACAUACAACAUAUAUAUUUUACUAUCUGUGGACUUUCUCUUUGUUACUUUAACUAUGGUACAGAUGCUGUACAUUCCAUGAUCAAUAUAGCUGUCACAUACAUUUUACUGCUUGUAUGUCCUGGUACAAAGUUUUCAAUAUUAUUUGGAUUUAUAUUUAAUUCAUUGUAUUUAGUGAUAGCAUAUUAUAAAUAUACAGAUCAGACAUUGACCUGGACUACACCACAAUGUGUUAUUUGUCUUCGAUUGACCGCUGUUGUUUUUGAUGUCUACGAUGGUAAAAAGAGUAAGGAAAAACUGUCAGAAGAUCAGAAAGAAUCAGCCAUAUCUGAAGUGCCUUCAUUAUUGGCUAUUUGUGGGCAGACAUACUACUUUGGUACAUUUCUAGCCGGACCACAGUUUAACAUAAAGAGAUACCUACAGUUUGUGAAUGGAGAAUUUGAUGAUCCACUUCACAAAGGCCCUUCCAGGAGUGUUGGACCAGGACUGAAGCGGAUGAGUAUUGGUAUACUGUACAUAGCUAUGUACCAGAUUGGUGGACUGCUGUUUAAUGAGGAACAUAUGUUAUCUGAGGAUUUCAUGAACCAUUAUUUUAUAACCAGAUGUGUUUAUGUUUUGUUUUAUGGAAGAAUCCUGUUUUGUCAGUAUAUAGGAUGCUGGCUGAUAUCAGAAGGAGUAUGCAUUCUGAAUGGACUGUCUUACAAUGGAAAAGAUGAAAAUGGAAACAUAUUAUGGGAUGGAAUACAAAAUGUGAAACUCUUCUCAUUGGAAACAGCAACUUCAUUCCAUGGUUUAAUAUCUGCCUUUAACAUCAAUACCAAUCUUUGGAUGGCAAAAUAUCUUUUCAAAAGACUUAGAUUUAUGGGCAGCAAACUAUUAUCCCAGUCAGUAACCUUAUUUUAUCUGGCAUUGUGGCAUGGUCUUAAAUCUGGAUACUACAUGAACUUUUUCCUGGAGUUUUUUAUGGUCAACACUGAGAAUCAGAUGACUGCUUUGUCAAAGAAAGUGCCAGCUAUACAGAAAUUGACUUCACAGCCAAGUUUGCAGCCAUUAGUUUGGGUUAUAAAGAAGACCUUCAUUACUUUCUCUUUAAGUUAUGCCUUACUUAGUUUUGGAUUGUUAGAAUGGAACAAAUAUUUUAAGGUUUAUGGAUCCAUAUAUUACAUAGGUCAUGUGAUAUUUAUGUUAGUACCUUUAGUGGUUUAUUUGUUUGCAAAAGUUCCAAUUUCUGUGUAUACAUCACAUAGAAGAAAAAUGAGCAAAGAAUUAAAAGAAGACAAAGUGGACUGAUGAAUAACUUCAAGUUUGCUAAAUUGUAUUUACAAGUCUCGAUAAUUGAAAUCAAGUAACCCACCAUAUCACUUUCUUUAUGUAGUAAAGAUUAUGUUGCAAUGUAUAUUUUAUUAUUUUAUCUGUUAUUACUGCUUAUAUUGAUUAAAGUUUAAAUUUUCAAUAUUCUGAUUUCCUUUGAUUUUGUUGAAAGUAAGAAAAACCCUGAAUACCUAUAAAUUGAAGCUUAUUAUUUGUGUUCUAUUCUGUACAUCAAUUUUAUUAUGUGAUUUCCAUGUUAUAUAUAUUUAUUAAACUGUUGAAUUUAAUUUAAUUUGAAUUGAAUUUAUUUAUUACCAUAAUAUGUUUACCACACGAGAGAAAAUAUUAUUUACAUUGGAAGGGAUUAAAAACCGCAGCAUAUCAUGAGAUUUUUGAGUGGACUUAUUUUUGACCUUUUUUUUUUUUUUUUUUUAAAUUAUGAUAUAAAACUCUUAUUAUCAGUUAGAUUUUCUUCCCCUUUUCUUUAUGUAGACAUAAAACCAUGUGAUAUGGAAUAAAUUUAACCUUCUGAUGUGCCAUAUAUAAAUGGUAAACAGAAUAAAAAUUUUAGCCUUUGAUUUCAGUUUAAUGUAUUUAUUCAUAUAUGAGGGUUGUAGGCUAAAGGUGUAGAUUUAUAGAAAUUACUUUAAAAAUGUAUGGUAGAUACCCAGGGGCGGAUUCAGAGGGGGCGUGGCGGGCGGGCGCCCCUAAAAUUUGCAAAGCAUGGGUUGUCCUCAGCUUAAUAAAGAAUAUUUUCGAUAAUUUUGCCUCUAAAAAAAUUUAAGUUUGCGCCUCCCUUAAACCUAAAAUCCUGGAUCCGCCCCUGAUAACUAGUCCACUCUUAUCAUCUGGAACUCAUUUGGUUUUAAAAUUAAAGAUGAUCAUGAGUCACAUUUACUGUGGUCCUAAACAUAGCUCCACAAAAAUGUAUAUAUUUUUACACCAUUUCAGGUGAAAUUAGAUUAGGUCUGUUUCAAAUUGCUCAUGGUGGCGGGAUGGAAUCACUCAAAUUGAUUAAUUGUGACUGGUUGCAUUUUCAUAACAACAUUUUAUGAAUUAGAAGUAAAAAGAAAAUUUUAUAUUAUGAGUGGUUGGGAACAAUAAAUAAGAGUCUGUCUUGCCCCUGUAUGCAUUCUGGAACUGCCCUUGUUGGAAAUUUCAUGGUCUAAAGGUUAAUAAAACAUCACAUUUUUGUACUUUGAAUUAGUGGACAACUUUUGCUUGACAACAUGACUUUACUAGAUUAAAUUAGAUGAGAUUAAAUUACUUUUUCACAUGGAAACAAGUCAUUAUCAAUUGUACUUUGAACAGAUUUACUUUAAACAUGUAUUUUGUUAAUAAGAUAAAAAGAUUUGAAAUCAAAAACCUAAUACUAAUGUUGAAGGGCUUAACAAUGCAAAAAGGAUAAAGUAUUGCCAAAUUUGUACAGGAACAAGGGAGAUAGCUUAGUGUAUAUAAUUUGGAUACAUAUGAAAUAUGAUUGCUUUCAAGUGCCUCAGUAAUGCACUUCAUAGUGAAUGUUUCAGAAAGAUUAAAAAUUACAAAGAUUAUUUUGACAAUAAUGUAUAGUAAGGUUUUGCUUUUCUUAAAGCAUUUAUAAAUUUUUAAUCAAAAUAUGAUGGCAUUAAUUUGAAUAUGUGCAUUAGUUUCUUAUGAUAUGUUUACAUAAAUAAAAUGAAAGGGUGAAAUGAUGAAGUAUUGAAAUCAUUAAUUUGUUGACAUUAUUAUUGUGCCUUCCAAUGUGUGCCUGUUAAGGAGAAUGUUGAAGAGAUAUUAUUUGUAUGCAGGUUAAGGUAUACUUUUUAUGUUAAAUUAAUGUUGCUUUUUCCCAUAGGAGUGGAGUUUCAUUUUAGGAUGAGCCGCAAUGGUGUUCAAUUGUCAAGCACAAUAAAUGUUUCACCAUUUCAGAAUCUAUUUCAUUCUGGGAAAUAUUUUCAAAGUGUACACCAAAACGUUGUGAUUGGCUAACAGCAUCCUAAACAAUGGAAAAUCAACCAAUGAACUGACAUUAUUUCUGUUAUCCAGGUACAAACAUGAAAAUACCCAUAGUUGUUUAGAUUCUGAAACGGCUUAUUCAUUAUAAUGUUACAUACUUAAUAGCUAGGAUUGUAAUUACAUCAUUGUAGUCUUAUUCUAUUAUGUUACUUUUUUUGAGAAAAAAAGACUGGGGAAAAAUAUAUGAGAAACAAAUAGUCCAUCUGUUUGCUCUAGAAUUACAAUAUUUUUGCAGUCUCUGGUUAAAUUUAAAAUUUAAACAUGCUCACUAAAUAUACCAAAGGAACAUUCAAACUCAUAAGUCGAAAAAAACUGACAACAAUGCCUAGGCAAAAAAAGAAAAAGACCAAAAGACAAACAACAGUUUACAAAACACAGCAUAGAAAACUAAAGAUUGAGCAACACGAACCCAACCAAAAACCUAGGGGGUCACAUUGAAAAUAAAAAGAUAACACUCUAGUGGUGAGAUAUAUCAUAUCUCACAACAUGAGGGUAAUCUGUAUUUAUAACCUUGUCAGUAUAUUGUGAUUGAAUAUGCAAUGUUUUGUAUCUAAAAUGUCUUGUGUAUAUAAUGUAUCAUUGUUGAAGUUUUGCAGUUGUUAUACUAUUUGUUUGCUGUACACAUUGUAUGGACAGCAUUGAUGUUUUGUGGUUUAUUAUUGUUGCAUUGUUGAAAAGUGCUGUGGUAUUUUAUAUUUGUUACAUAAUGAUUAGACUUAAAGACCAAACAGCCUAAUAAGUUGUACCAGAAACUCUGUCCUGAAAUUUUAAAUAAGUAUUUCAUGAUUUUGGGAAGAAAAUUUGAUGAAAAAAUAUAAGGGUCACACAUUUAUUUUUCUAUAACAGCAUACUUUUUUCCCCCCCUAAUUGAAAAUUGUUUGGCUGUUAUUUAGAAUUUCAUAUAUUUCAUUAAUAUGGAACUUCAGUCUUCACGAUAAACAUUUCAAUCUACAGGUCUAAAGCUGAAUUUUACGAAAAUUUAAGUUAGAUUUUAUUGGCCUGUAGAGAUGAUUUUUACAGGCCUGACAUCAUUUUUACAAGCCUGUGGUUGAACCCGAAGACUGAACUUAGAACCAUACUUCUUAUUCAUUCAAUUUUAAAAGGAGAUUUGUAUCUAUAAGUUUGACUCAUAGAGCUUAUAUUCCUAUGUGUUUUGAUCCUAAAGAUUAUGCUUUAUUUAAUUCUUCCCAAAAUUUAUAUGCAAGAGUGUAAAUCUUUUCAAGUGUUGAAAAAU